AUGCUCGCGGGACCCCGGGACGAGGAUGGGCACUACUUUGCUGCUGCUUUCCGCUGGCCAGCUGAUAACUCCGGAGGAGGUCCUGUCAUUACCAUGCCAGAGGGGCUCAGCCAAGAGGCCACGAUGAUGCUGCUGCGUCUUCGCUACGGAUCAGACGAAGUGGAGGCCGACUACAUUCUGGAGGCCCGACACUUCGCAGAGCUGCUUGACUGGCCAGAAGUACGGAAGCGCUGCGAGGCUUACCUCGAGUCCCUGUUGGCGAAGCCAGAGGAGGUUGACACUGCGAGCUUGCUGGCCGUGCUCUCGCAUGCAGAGGAGAGUCGGUCGAUGCCCGGCCGCUUGAAAGCGGCGGCGCUCGCUGCGGCAGUAAGGCAGUGGUCUCGAGUGGCAGAGGCAGCAGAGGCGGAGUCGGAGAAUCCGAGCACGCCGAGCAUGCUCCCCUCUUCCAGGCAAUCUGAGCUUGGGACGCUGAACCGCAUCCGGCAUCGCGACGGCCAUGUGUGCGGCAGUUUGGAGGAGUACCUUCACGCAGCAUCGGACGACCUCGUCGCCUGGGAGAGAUCCCUUGCUCUGGAUGCGCCGCAGGCCGCGAAGCGGAAACUGGAAGGUGCAUGGCGGCAUUGGCACCAGAUCCUGUUUGAGUAUGGCCACAUCUUCGGAGCAGAUCUUGCCGAGAAGCUGCGAGAGCGGACACGGCACCGACGCGCUCAACUCCGAGAGGAGCGGAGUCGCCAACGAGGUCAGGACCUUCGAUUGCCGGCAGGGAAGGUCUGGUUCGAGGCCACGACAGAUUGGCAGGAAGUGCCCAGAAACGCGAUCUGUGCUGCGGGCCUGGAGUAUCACUGCGACAUGCAGACUGGCAGGAACUUCGCCCGACUGGCCAUGUGA